AGCGUUUGCCAUUUGGUCGUCCGCUACUUUGCUGUUAGUAUCUAACCGUCGCGCAUUCCGUUACCAACGUUUAAAUUACUAUCAAUAACGAACUUGUCUUAUGUCUAGUUGUAAGUGGUUGAAAAAUACAACUAUAACUUUUUGUAAAAUAUAGUUUUAAAACAUUGGCGGAGAAGCUAAAUAAACCGAAAACUGGCCCAUAUAACGGAGAUGGUAUAUAGCAACGAGACCAUGGGAUACAGCCCGUAUUGUGGAGACAUGGUGGUUAACCUCAGAUAUACAUACGAACAAUAUCAUGGAUACGCAAGCCUACUGGUUUGUGCUUUUGGAUCCGUGGCCAACAUAUUAAAUAUUGCUGUACUUACAAGAAAGGAAAUGGUGUCACCGACAAAUGCUAUACUUACUGGACUUGCCGUCGCUGAUCUCUUAGUAAUGGUCGAAUACGUUCCUUUUGCUUAUCACAUGUAUCUUCGACCAGACAAUUAUCCUCGAUCCGAUCGUUUUUCGUACAAUUGGUCAUUGUUCGUUCUACUACAUUCUGGUUUUUCACAAGCGUUUCACACAAUAUCUAUAUGGUUGACAGUUACGUUGGCUGUUUGGAGGUAUGUGGCAGUGGUCCAUCCGCAAAUUAAUAGGAUAUGGUGCCGGAUGGAGACAACACUAUCGACAAUUGCUUUGGGUUAUUUGAUCUGUCCCUUAAUUUGCAUACCUAGCUAUCUUACGUUCAACUUAAUAUCCAGAGUGGAGUUGUUGGAUGCCGUAGGCAAUCGUCCCUCUGCUAACAGAUCGGAUGUGGUUGGUCCGCUACGCAACGUGACGUUGUAUUUUGUGAACGUUAGUGAUCUCGCCGCUACGACUUGUUUAUCCGACAUCGUUUUCUGGGUAUACAGCGUGGUGAUAAAAAUUAUACCGUGUAUUGCCUUGACUGUACUCAGUUUGCGGUUAAUCUGCGCGCUUUUGGAAGCUAAACAACGUAGAGCUAAACUUACGGCUAGCAGUCGUAAAUCUGCCGACAAGGAACGGCAAACGGACCGAACUACCCGCAUGUUAUUGGCUGUGCUUUUUUUAUUUCUUAUCACCGAAUUUCCACAAGGUAUUCUGGGGUUGCUCACAUUGCUAUUAGGCAAAAAGUUCUUUCAAGAUUGUUACCAAAACAUGGGCGAUGUCAUGGAUAUGUUGGCACUAGUUAACUCGGCCAUUAAUUUCAUACUCUACUGUGUCAUGAGUAGGCAAUUUCGAAACACGUUUAGUUUACUUUUUUUACCAGCUUGGAUACCUAAAUCCAAUGCCCAAGGGAUAUCACUAGGUAACCCAACUACUACACAAGUUACGCAAGUCUAAAAAGAGGUUAUUCGUCAUCGCUGUUUUGAAAUGUUUUUAUUUUUUACAAAUGAACAGGGUGCUUUUAUUUUAUUUAUUUUGGUAAUUAAAUGGAGUACUGAGUUGAUGAAAUAUGGACUUACGAAAAAUAUCUAUUAACUUUGAAAAAACAACCGAUAGAGUCCAUGGUAAUAUCCGUGACACAGAUUGACGGAAUGCUGAUUUGUUAACGGAUAUGAAAAACUUUAAUAUUUUAUCAGAAGUUUAAAAACAUACGAAUAUUUUUUUGAAAAAUAUAUUUAACAUCGAUUCAAAUGUCCGCUGAUAUCUAAAACGAAUGAAAACGUUUUCCUUAAAUUGCAUUAAAGCCAUAAAUCUCAAAAAUCUGAAAUGAAAAUGGUUUUGUAUUAUUGCCAUACAACAAAAAACUUCGAGUACAAAAAAUUCCAUUUCUCAAUUUCCUGUAUUAUUCAAAGCAAAUUUUUUACUAUAUAUAACAAGUUUCAUUGUUAUAUCAUGAAAAAAUAGCCACGUGAACAUAACAUUUUAGUGCCACACAUACAAGAUUGUCCCACAUAUUCUGAAAAAACCUGUAACUUUUGAUUCAGUGUCUAUUUUAAAGAACUUAAAAAAAAUUCUUUUUACGCUUUUGGACUUCAAUAAUAAUAUAAAUAGCAAAUAUCUUACUAUUGUUUUAUAGUUAAAUUUCUAGAGCAUUUUAAAUUUUAUGAUCAUUUUAAUUCGUAAGUUUUUUAUAACCUAUAUCAAAAAUUCGGAAUUAGUUGUUAAAUAAUUGAUAGAUGAAAACACGAUUUUUUUUAAAUAAUAUUGAUUAUGGGCAUAAUUUUUUUAUCAAAAAUAUUCCUCGAAUGAGUAUCAAAUUGAAAUGAAAAACAAAUAUAGUAAAAUUUAAUUAUGUAUUUAGUAUAAGAUCUUUUUGAUAUUACUUUUUAACAAGCCAAAAUAAUCGAAAUUAAAUUCUGCCUGAAAAAUUAUUAUAGUAUAUUUUAUACUUCCAUUAUUGUCUAUCUAAUUUAUCAAUUAUUCUUUUAUCAUUAAUAUAUAUUUUUUUAAUUUUAUGAUUUAUUAAUUUUUCAUUGUAACAUUGACGAUGUUCAAUAUAUUGUAGAUAGAGUUUUUUACUGCUAUGCCACGUAUUAUAAACUUUAAGUGUGUUUUUCAUUUAUUGAUUACAACUUUUGUAGUUCACUUUAGUGAAACGCUUAGAUGAAUUUGGUAUAUCAGUUUUAAAUAUAAACACAGAUUUAAACCAUAUAAACUCAGCAUAUUAAUUUUAUGUUAAAAAGAAAAACCACAACAUAUGUGCACAUUAUAUAAAACAACUUUUAAUUUUAAUAAAACGAAAAAAUAUUUUAUUGUAAAUAAGUUGAAAUGUAUUUAAAUAGUUCUGGAUUACAAUAGCUGUAAUUAAAGAUACAGACAAACAAAAGGAGUAAAUAAUAAUUAAUAAUAAUUAUUAAUAUAAAUAUUUAUUUAUAUUCAUCACAGUACAUGUUUAAUGUUAGGACUGUAGCGUAGUUAACUAAAAAAUUGUCUUAAAUAAUAAAGAAAACAUGUGUAUAUUUUUAACAAACAACAAUAAACAAAUUAACUGAUGAGUAGUUAAAUAAUUCUUAUCAAUUAACAUUCAACAAAAUCCUAAGUUAUACUCAUAAUUUACGGCUACCUAGUGAUUUUUUUAGUAUGUACUAUUUAUUACGAAUUGUCAUAAAGUAAUACAAAAUAAUAUGCGUUUUUUCACUUAACUUAGAUACUCGUUCCAAUGAUGAUAUUUUUUACGGAAAUGUCUCUAUAAGCAAAAUUUAGCGAUAAUUGAUUCUCAUUCUCUUCUAUUCAUUUUCAAAUAACAAAUACCCACGUUUGAUAUUGUGUAAUGAUAAAAUAAAAUUACAAAUUAAAAUUUUCACAAACUUUAAAAUUCUCUAGAAAUUUAACUACAAUAUAUUUAUAGAAAUUUGCUAUCAAUUUUUUUCUUAACAUCUACUUUAUAAAAUGGCUAUCUUGGAAUUAUUUUAAAGUGAUUUUUUAAUUUUUUUAAAUGUCUAAAUAAACUAAAAAUAGUUAAAUUAUAAUUUAUUUACCUAUUAUAGUCUUAGAGUGUAAAAAUUAUAUAAAAAAAAAUUGCAAAUAGUAACUGUAUCAAAAAUUAUAGGAUUUAUAAACACAUACACGAUCAAACUUGUAUUAAUGGAUAGAGAUAAAAGUUUUUCGAAACAGCAUUUAUGCAUGUUAGACUUCAGAUUAAUAGCUUUUAUUAAUUUUUUUAAUGAAAUUAAAACAUGAUUAUAAAUACUAUAUUUAUUAUAAGCUAAGUUAUGAGAUUGAGAAAAAAUUAAUUUUACAAUAAUGUGUAUUGUUGAUAAAAAAAAAAAAAUAGAAAUCUAUAAAAGGAAACAAGAAAAAAAUGUUGUUGUAUAACAGAGUCGAAUAUUUUUCAAGAAAUCAAAAUUUAUUUAUACGUUAAAAAUAUUUAUGAAGCUUUAAUUUUUCACGCUUAAGUUGGUAAUUUCACUAUUACGUGUGAUUGAAUAAAAUGUAUUGUACGGGUCUUUUCAACCGAUUGAAAUUUAAAUUUUCACGGUUUAUUAUUAUUAUUAAUAUAUAUAUAUAUAUAAUAUAAACGCAAGUUAAAAUAAUUUUUUAAAAGACAAAAAUUGUAAUGUUUCUUAAUGUCAGAUUAAGGAAAAUAGCUGAUACAAUGAAAAUUGCCUAGCACAAUAUCUUAAUAAGUUGUUAUUCUAUGAAAAAAUUAAAAACACUUAUUUGUGCAAUAAAAACAAAAUUUUCCAAAUUAACUUUUUCACAUUAGACAUUUUUCUGUGUGAACCAUUAGUUUAAUAUAUUAGUACAUUAGUCUAAAUAUUUAUUAAAAAUAUUAGAUAUCAAAUGAGUUAUUCGAAAUAGUUAAAUUUAUUGUCUUGUUAAUUGUUUAUUUAAUAAAAGACACGAAAGAAAAAUAUUAUUUUAAAACAUCUAGAUUAUAUUUAAAAAUACAAAAUUUAAUUUCAUAUAAUAAACAAAUAUUUAUAGUUCGUAAUUAGCCAUUAAAAUACAUAAUGUCUUUGACUUGAUUACAUGAUUAAUGUAACUAUA